AAGCACCUUUGCACAGGCACACACUCAAAGGUCUCUCACGAAAUCAUUCCGCACCUGCAACUCAAAGUUGACGCACACGGACGCAUGCAGACACACACAGACGCACACAAACACAUGCAGACAAGCACACUUGGUAGAGGCCUCUGAGCACCUUUGUCCGUACUAAGCACUCUCGCGCAUUUCUCUUUGUGUGCAGUCUGUUCGCGACGAUGAAGUCAACCCAAGGCGCGAGGGGAAUGACUAAGGCGAGAAGCUCCGGGCCAGCCCGGACAGUAUCUUCUCGGGAGCAGCCAACGUGCUCAGAAGGGGUUGUGCAACAGAGGCAACCACUGCAGUCUGACGUCUUUCCAGUCGCAGUGGGAGAGGAAGACGAACUGGAAGUUUUCGAAGACGAAGAGGACUACGACGAAGAAGGUGAAGGAGAGGAAGAGGCAGGAGAUGAAGAGGAAGAAGAAGAGGAAGACGAAGAGGCAGUAGAAGAAGGAGCAGAAAAGGAAGAAGAAGCUGAAGAAGAAGAAGAACGACAGGACGAGAAAGGAGGAGAAGAAGACCCAAUAGAGGAGAAGGGUUGUUGGCAGAGAGAGUUCCUUGAGUCGAGACCUAUUCGCGUUGACUUCAAGUUGUUCUUCUGGGCCGUGUACAUCACAGCUGGUCUUGCCUAUCUUCACGUGAAGACCAGCGGCAGCGAGCAAGAAGCAGCAACUCAGACUCCAACGACCACGACGACCACCACGACCACGAAGACCAUGAAGACCACGAAGGGUGGGAAGAUGCAGCACCGCAAAGAUGUGAUUUCUCCUCAAACUAUUGCGGAGUCUUCUGGUGGUUUGGAAAGGGGAUCGGGCACAAAGAAGGUGUCAAAGUUGAAAAAGAUGAUGUCGGGUCCGAGUAAGGGGAAGGCGGGCGAAGAGGGGCUCCUGGUUCCCCAAGGUUUUGUGCUGACCGAGCGUGCGAAAGAUUUGACAAAGACUUGGGAGGAGCUCAAGAGCUUGAAGGAGAAGAAACUCUCGUACGAGUCCUAUCUUCCAAUGAGUUGUUUGAAGAGGCCGCCCCUGGUAAAUGGGAAAAGACCAUUGGAGGUGCGAGAGCUAGACGAGGAUCAUGUGCAGUCCAUCAUGGACUCCAUGCUGAAACAUCCAACUGGGCAUCAUCUUCCCUUCGUCGGCCUCAUCGACCCUGGCCAAGCCAGUCGCAAAGAACAGGUGGAUCUGGCGACGCUCAAAAAUGGCCACUACGACAUUUUCGUCCUUGGUGGCAACCAGAGUUGGGAGGCUAGGGAACGGUUGUCAUGCAUAAACCCCGACAACGACGACUACAAGUAUAAUGUCUGCUACGUUUACGUUGGCCUCACGGUCGACGAGGCGAGGCAGGUCGCCCACAUGCACAACCUCGCAGCCGGCUAGCACCGGGACUAAAGCUUCAUCGAGAAGCUCAGGUGUUGGCGACAAGUUUUUGAGUGCAUGGGUCUCGCGCCACGGUUUAAUAAAUAUUGAGUGGCAGCAUCAAGAUCUGAGCCAAAUUGAGCAAAAGCAGCUACUAGAGUGAAUUGGAAGAAUUCAACAAUUUGAGAGGUUCUUUUUUGGCUUUUGAUCUUUUUUGGGGAAGAUCAAAAGCCAAAAAAGAACCAGUCAAAUCAUUUUGAUAGGAAUGAAUGAUAAAUAUUCUCUUGUAAGUAUAAAUACACAUACUUGAAUGAUUGUUAGGUCGACUGAUUGCAACAAUCACGCGCGCUCAACCUUCAAGAUCGACGCGAAUUUUUUUUCUAUUUUCAGUUUUUGCAAAUCCUUUAAAUCGAUCGAUCAACCAUAGGACCUUUGAAUCAAUCGAUCAAUCAAUUAGCAAACCGAUC